AUUUUUUUUUUUAAUAUGUGCCAUUUGUGCUUUACGCGUAGGAUAAGAAGAGAACACCAAGGUGUGACAGGAGCUUUGCGGACAACUGUGGAUUUCUGUGAGUAACUCCUGGGAGGAUGAGGGGGGCAUCAGCCGGACCCCCUCUUGAUUGAUUAGUUAUUAGUCAUCCCCUUGGCUAAAUGGGACCCAGUGAAAAGGCACCGUGGAACACAUACAUGUAGCAAAUAUUCCUCUGUCCCCCUGAAUGUCUCCAGAGUAGUUUUUGCUUAAGAGAGGGGGUCGUGGCUUAGCAAUAUAAAGAGGGAAAAACAGCUUUAUGGCUUUAUUUUAGACACUUUCUACGUUUGGCAUUCAAAGGAAAACAAGAGGAUUUCAAAGAAGACAACAUUGUGGACAUUUUUUUGUUUAUUAUUAUAAUUAUUCUUUUAUUUCUCCCAUUUUAUUUUUUUUUAUAUAUUUUUGUGCCAUUCCUGUCUGAAAAAUGAAACUUUGGACAUCUCCCUGGGUGUCUUGCCUGGUGAUUCUCAUCCUGUGUUUUGGAUCAGACUGCGGGACAGUCCGAAGAAAGGGGAGAUCCAAGAGGGAGUUGGUGCGCAUUAGGGAGGCGAGAGCCACCAUCCCAGGGGCUUGUGCCACACGUCUGCCCCGGGGCAAGCGAUCUUUGCCCGGCUUGGAGCGCCGGGUGCUUCGCCAGCGUCGGCGCUCCUCUCAGGCGGACGACAACAUACCGGACCGGGGGAAAGCCGUCUAUUUUACCGGCAGGGGAGAUCAGCUCCGGCUCAAGCCCGGCGUGGAGAUACCCAGAGGAAAUUUCACUCUCGAGAUGUGGAUCAAAGCGGAGGGAGGUCAGCGAUCGCCAACAGUGAUCGCAGGUUUGUACGACAAAUGUUUCUAUGCCUCCAGUGACCGAGGAUGGCUGCUUGGGAUCCAGGCAGUUGGUGAACAAGGAAACCGUGACCCCCGCUUCUUCUUCUCCCUUAAGACAGACCGCGCUCACAAAGUGACCUCCAUCCACUCCAAUGUUCGCUACAUACCAAACCAAUGGGCACAUGUUGCAGUCACAUAUGACGGUGUGUACAUGAAGCUCUUUGUCAACGGUGCCCAGGUGGGUGUCAGUCGGGAGCAAUCGGGUGACGUCUUCAGUCAUGUGACCAAAAAGUGCAAAGUGCUGAUGAUUGGGGGUAAUGCACUGAAUCAUAAUUACAGGGGAGCAGUGGAAAGGGUGGGGCUAUGGAAUCAGGCCCGAGUGCAGAGGCAGAUUAUCAGGGAUAUGCAGGGCCAUGAGGACCUCCAAGAUCUACCUCAUCUGGUAAUCCGAGAAACCUUUGAGCACUCGGGCCGGAAGUGGCUGACUGUGAAAGAUGGGAGUUUUCCACAACCUGAGCAGAGUGGCAUUGGACGGCAUGGGAUUCUGGGGGGUGUUGGGGGCAGUGGAAUUAGUGAAGGAUUAUUGGACACAACGCUGGAGCCCCCAGCUUGUGGUCAGACUGUCUGUGACAAUGUAGAAGUCAUCAAAAACUACAAUAAUCUUUGGAUGUUCCGUCGGCCCAAGAAAGUACAAUAUCGUGUUAUAAAUAUUUGGGAUGAUGAUCGGACGAGGCCCACCGUAACUGACCACCAGAUCAGCCUGCAGCACCAGCAGCUAAAUGAGGCCUUUAGUCCCUACAACAUCACCUGGGAACUCAGCAUUCACAAUGUGACCAACUCUUCCCUUCGUAACCGGUUGAUUCUAGCCAACUGUGACAUUAGUAAAGUUGGUAAUGGUGAAUGCGAUCCAGAAUGCAUCCACCCGCUGACGGGAUUUGAUGGUGGCGACUGCAUGUCAGGGCACUGGAGCCAUUGUCCUGAGCAGAAGCAAGGGGAUGGGAUAUGUGACCCUGAAUGUAACUCAGAAAACUUCAUCUAUGACCUUGGCGAUUGCUGUAACCCCGACGUGACCGAUGUGACAAAGACGUGCUUCAACCGCUCUUCUCCUCACAAAGCCUAUUUAGACGUGAAGGAGCUGAAAGAGAUCCUACAUUUGGACGGCUCGACGCAUCUAAAUGUCUUCUUUGCCAAUUCAUCUGAUGAAGACCUGGCUGGGGUUGCCACAUGGCCUUGGGACAACGAGGCCCUGACACAUUUGGGUGGGAUUGUCCUCAACCCGUCUUUCUAUGGUACAUUUGGCCACACUGACACAAUGGUCCAUGAGAUCGGGCACAGUCUCGGCCUUUACCAUGUCUUUCGAGGCAUAUCGGAGAUUGAGUCGUGUAAUGAUGCAUGUUUGGAGACUGAGCCAUCAUUGGAGACCGGAGACCUGUGUGUGGACACCAAUCCCACACCCAAAUACAAAGGCUGCCAAGAUCCUGAUCCUGGCAACGAAACCUGCGGCUGCCGGCAUUUUACCCACACCCCGUUUAACAACUACAUGAGUUAUGCAGAUGAUGCUUGCACAGAUUCCUUCACCCUGAACCAAGUGGCUCGGAUGCACUGCUAUCUGGACCUCAUCUACCAGACCUGGCAGCCAUCUGCCAAACCUCCUCCAGUGCCAAUGGCGCCCCAAGUUGUUGAGCAGCAUCAUAAAUCCAUCACCUUGGAAUGGUUUCCACCGAUUUCUGGAAACUUUUAUGACAGAGAAGUGGGAUCAGUGUGUGAUAAAUGCACUGAAGGGAGAGUUCUCCUGCAGUACGCCUCCAACUCCUCCUCCCCACGAUCCUGUGCCCCUUCUGGACAUUGGUCCCCACGAGAGGCUGAAGGCCCUCCAGAUGCGGAGCAAGCCUGUGAGGCAAGUGUGCACACCUGGAGCCCCAAUGCUGGGAAUGAACAAGGCGCUGUUGGGAUGGCCGAGUGCCCUCUCCAGGGUUGCAUGCUUCAAUUGGAAUUCCUCUACCCUCUGGUACCAGACUCUCUCACUGUGUGGGUCACCUUUUUCAGCCUCGAAGAAACGGCAUUGCCAGCUAUCCAUAAUAUCUUGCUGCUGACCGUCAAUGGGAACAACAUUUCAUUGGGCCCCAGCAAUGUCUUCUGCGACACCCCUCUGACUCUGAAGUUAGAUGUCGAGGAAGAAGUUUAUGGGGUCCAGUUUUUCACGAUGGACCAGCACCUAGAGAUUGAUGCCACCCUUUUGGCAUCCAAGCCUAACCAUGCACUGUGUAGGCAUUGCCAACCACUACGCUACCGCCUGUUGCGCCAGCCACCGUUCACCCAUGCACCACAUGGCCUGAUUUUAAAAGAACCAACCCGCCGGUAUACAGACAGAGAUGUGGUGCUACAUGUCGUUUACACUUACCAGGUCCAAACCAUCUCCAGACGGAGUGAGAGUGAGCCCUCCCCACUUCUGCUACAUGAACUAGGGGCACCCUACUGCGGUGAUGGACAUGUGCAAAGUUCCAAAGGGGAGGAAUGUGACGAUAUGAACUCCGUGAAUGGGGACGGAUGCUCCAGCCAGUGCAAGAAAGAACCCUUCUUCAACUGUGUUGAGGAGCCAAGCAUGUGUUAUUACUAUGAUGGUGAUGGGGUCUGUGAGGACUUCGAGCGAGAAACAGGCGUGAGAGACUGUGGCCUCUACACCCCCAGUGGUUUCUUGGACCAAUGGGCCUCCAGUGUUGAGGUUUCCCAUGAGGCAAAGCCCUACUGCUCUGGUGAGGUGGCUGCUGGGUACCCUGCUGUUACUAAGACAUGUCAGUCCAAGGUUUUUGAUCUGCUCGAUGGAGUGUCUCAGUAUGCGUGGUUCCCCUGCCGUGAACCCCAUGAGCCAGCCUGGGUUUAUCCAACCUUCUGGCUCAAGGCUCACUUUUCUCAUCCCAUGGUGGCAGCAGCAGCGAUUAUACACCUUGCUGCUGAUGGGACUGGUUUUGUUGACCAGACCCAGUGUAACAUCACUGUUCAACUGGUGGACACCAAGGAGAACAUCCAUAGUCUUGGUGACUGGCGCCUGAGCUGCCGAACCAACCCUUUGGUGAUACCAGUGAGCCAUGACCUGUCAUUGGCCUUCUACCACACAAAAGCUAUCCUGAUCACGUUUGUCUCUCAACUUGUAGCCAUCUCUGGCAUAGGCCUGCGCUCCUUUCAAUCCUUCGACCCAAUCACGAUAAGUGGUUGCCAGAGUAAUGAGAUCUACAACCCCACAGGCCAGAGUUGUGUACAUUAUUCGUGUGAAGCCAUCGACUGCCAGGAACCCUUAAUCCGCAAUGCAGAGCUCAAGUGCAGUAGUCUCGGCCGCCAGUUCUUCAAUGGAGACCGCUGCACCAUCACCUGCAACUCCGGGUACGUCCUGCAAAUCCACCAAGACGAUGACAUCAUCAAAAGCCAGUCGGACUCUUUGGUGACUAUAACCUGUGCAAAUGGAAAGUGGAACAAACAGGUGUCAUGUGAACCCGUGGACUGUGGUUUGCCUGACAAAUAUCACGUUCAUCCUGCACAUUUCAACUUCUCUGAGGGCACCACCUACGGCAAGAAGAGUACCUUCCAGUGCCGAGAACCAGCCCAACUCGUAGGUACAAACAACACUCUCACGUGCCUAGAAGAUGGCUUGUGGUCGUUCCCAGAAGCUCUCUGUGAACUUCGCUGCCCGGCUCCUCCUCCUGUGCCAAAUGCUGUGCUGCAGACCAAGAGAUGCAAUGAGACAGGCCUUAAAGUGGGCACUCUUUGCAAGUACAAGUGCAAACCAGGCUACCAUGUCACCAACAAGCCAAAGAGGCGUGCUUUUAAGCGCCAGUGCACUGAGGAUGGCAGCUGGCUAGAGGGAGCAUGCGAGCCAGUGACUUGUGAUCCCCCACCUCCCAUUUUCCAUGGCUCCUAUCACUGUACAGACAGCUUCCGCUUUGACAGUGUGUGCAGACUUAACUGCUCUGAUCCUGCCAGUAAUACUGGCAUCAUCGCCACAGGAGGCUCUGCCCACACGGUGAGGCUGCUGCACGCUCCCUGCAAGCAGGGCCCAGGUUCCAAUGCUAUCCGCUGUAGGAAAGAUGGAAACUGGACGGGUUCAUUCCGUCUCUGCCCACACAGCAAAGGCCAGUGUUCUUUACCUCAAAACCUCCAUUACAACCUGCAGUACUCAUGCAAGAGGGGACACGGCAUAGGCGAAGAAUGCGAGUUGUCAUGCAGAGAGAGUAGCAACGACGUGGUGCUCCUACCCGGCAAUAUGACAGUAGAAAACGUACUUAAGGAGCACUGGAGGAACCCGCACAGAGUCAAAAGCAUAGUGUGUACAAUGGGACUGAAGUGGUAUCCACACCCCGAGUUUCUCCACUGCAUCAAAGGAUGUGAGCCAUUCAUGGGCGACAACUACUGUGAUGCAGUAAACAACAGAGCCUUCUGUAACUAUGAUGGAGGAGACUGCUGCCAAUCUACUGUCAAGUACAAGAAGAUAAUUCCAUUCCCGAUGUCCUGUGACAUACGGGAUGAGUGCUCCUGUCGGGAUCCCAAUGCCAUAGAGAACAGGAAGGAUGAACAUGUUCACUCUCUGGGGUGACCGUCCUGAGUGGGGAUGUCUGUUCAAUGGUCCAGGACACUUGCUUCAACACAAAACAACAAAGUGGCCGAAGCAGAUCCCUCCUUCAUCCUGUCUUUGGCCUCCAAUUUUCUGCACAUGCUGCUUAACAGGCAUACCUCGCCAUCCAAACUUCAACGCCUCAGCCUCCACAUCACAGAAGAUCCAGAGAACAGGACCAGACUCAUGAGAUGCCAACGAAAACUUCAUUUCUCAGCAAAAAGGAAAGUAACCCUUGCAAUGCCAUCACUGAAACAUUUAUUGAGAAUGGGGAAAAAAUAAUUAAAAAAAUAAUAAUAAGAGGGGAAAAAAAACAAUAACCAAUUGUAGGUAGCAUGUCUUCUUUUAAGUUUUGUGUCAGUUUAGUGUCCAUUUUGGUGACCUUUCUCUGCAAUCAAAUGGUUGGAACUAAAGGUAAAGCAAAAUGUGUAAACAAAGGCUUUUGUUCUUCUUGGCUUUAUGAUUUACAGAUAUGAAGGAAAUUAAGACAAAUUUUAAAAAAAAAUCAAAGAAGAAGAAUGCAGAUUAACUGAAGGCAUGUUCUAUCCUUUGGAAGGUGUUCAAAAGUUGUUUUUUUUUAUCUCAGUUUAAAACUGGUCGUUUUUUUUUUUUUUUUUGUUUCUUUUUUUUUUCAGUAAGUUAGAGGCAAAAGUUAUUCUUAUUAUUAGCUUGGUGGGUAAUGAGAUAGUCAUCCGAGUCACAGAUUGCUCAUGAAAGCCCAAAUAACAGACAUUUUUGCGUAGUUGUUCACUAAUGCUGCCUUCUUCUUAGUUCAGACCUGGAAAA